UUUAUAUAAGUGUCAAAUACAUGACGAAAUUAAGGUGUUGUAGUUUCUGAUAUUUAUGAAUGUGAGAAUUGGGAAGCUUCUUGUUUUAGCGGUUGGGCUUCCAUAUCUUUCGUUUGUGUAAAUAUAUGUUUAUAUAUAUAUAUAUAGAGAGAGAGAGAGAGAGAGAGAAGAAUUAUUUUUGAUUUGGCAUAAAGAAUAGAAAAUAUGUUGGAAGGGAAGGGUAUGAUCAAGGAAACAGACAUGGCUAAUCAGAAGAUGCAGACUCAAGCUAUGGCUUGUGCUUCUCAUGCUCUUGAUAUCUAUGAUGUUAAUGACUGCAUCUCCAUAGCUGCCCACAUCAAAAAGGAAUUUGAUAAGAAUUAUGGGAGCGGAUGGCAAUGCGUGGUGGGUUCUAAUUUCGGUUGUUUCUUCACACAUGCACCUGGGACUUUCAUAUAUUUUGGCCUUGAGACCCUCAAUUUUCUUAUCUUCAAGGGAACCUCUUCUUGAUACAUCUUGAUAUACAUACACACACAUAUAUGCAUAUAUACAGAGAGAGAAAGAGAUCGGGUCCCUAACUAGGUCAUCUUGAAUGUAUAACAUGGUGCGUUAGUGAGAUUCUUAUAUACACCACAAUAGACGAUAGGUAGAAUUAAGAAGCUGUUUUUUAGUUCUCUUUCUCAUGGUGUGUUAUUGUAGUUUGUAGUUAAAUAUCUGUGUUAUAGUUAUGGAUGGAAGAAAAAGAUAAUAUUUUACUUCGUUAUACAAAUGCAUAAUCAUUGUCAACUGGGAUA